ACGUCAUCAUCCGGGGACGGGGGAGGCUGAGGCGGAUUAGUUGGAUUACAGAUUACAGCCAGCUGCUCAAAUUAUCUGGAUCUUAAAUCUGUUUUUAUGUGUUUUCUGUCGGGGACUCGACUCUGCUGCGACACAAACAACAAACAACAAACAACAAACAACCGUCAGGAUUCACCGCGAGGAGACAGCGACACGGUUUCCUUGACAACGGUGUCCUGCUGCCGUCAUGGCGUCGGGGGAGUCUGGCGGUGACGGGGGGAAGUGGCUGGACGCCCACUACGACCCGGUGGCGGGCCUGUACACCUUCUCGUCCUGCGUGGACCUGGCGGACCUGAGCGGGGACGGGGAGAGCCGUCUGGUGGUGGGGGACCUGGGCUCGGGGUCCUCGGGGAUGAAGCUGAAGGUGUACCGCGGCACGGCGCUGAUGAGCGAGAGCACGCUGCUGGACCUGCCCGCCGGCCUCGUCGCCUUCUUCAUGGACCUGCACGAGCCGCGCAUCCCCGCCGUGGCCGUGGCGUCCGGACCCUGCAUCUACGUCUACAAGAACCUGCGGCCGUACUUCAAGUUCACGCUGCCCGGGCUGGAGGUCAACGCGCUGGAGCAGGACGUGUGGCAGCAGGUGAGGGAGGGGCAGAUCGACCCUCUGACGCUGAAGGAGAUGUUGGAGAGCAUCAGGAAGAAGGCCGACGUCCCGCUGUCCGUCCGCUCGCUGCGCUUCCUGUCUCUGGACGCCAGCGACAUGGACGACUUCGUCCAGCUGCACAAACAGCAGCCAAUCAGACGCCAGACAGUCAUCACCUGCAUCGGGACCCUGAAGAAGAGCACGGCCGACGAGGACGGCGUCAGCUGUCUGGUGAUCGGCACCGAGAGCUGCGACGUCUUCGUCCUCGACCCCGAAGCCUUCAUCAUCCUCUCCAAGAUGUCGCUGCCGGCUGCUCCCACCAUGAUGGACGUGACGGGUCAGUUCGACGUGGAGUUUCGCAUCACGGUGGCGUGUCGCAACGGCAACAUCUACAUCCUGCGCAGGGAGUCGGAGAAACCCAAGUACUGCAUCGAGCUGGCGGCCCACCCUGUGGGGCUGGUGCGCGUGGGCAAGAACGUGGUGGUCGGCUGCACCGACGAGAGCCUGCAGGGCUUCACGCAGAAGGGGAAGAAGCUGUGGAAGGCCGUCCUCCCCGCCCCCAUCACCACCAUGGCGUCCAUGGACCUCCCCACCAAAGGCUUCCAGGCGGUUCUGGUGGGCCUCGCCAACUGUGAGGUCCAGCUGUAUCGGGACAAGAACCUGCUGAGCGCCAUCAAGACGCCCGACGUGGUCACCAGCAUCUGCUUCGGGCGGUACGGGCGCGAGGACGGGACGCUCAUCAUGACCACCAAGGGCGGGGGCCUGAUGGUGAAGAUCCUGAAGAGGACGGCGGCCUUCGACGACAGGGACAGCGCCCCCGGGCCGCCGCUGGCUCAGAGCAUCCGCCUCAACGUGCCCAAGAAGACCAAGCUGUACGUGGACCAGACGCUGAGGGAGCGUGAGAACGGCCUGGCCAUGCACCGCGCCUUCCAGAUGGACCUGAGCCGCCUGCGCCUGGCGUCCGCCAAGGCCUACGUCAAGGCGCUGGAGUCCAGCCUGACGCCCAUGUCCUCCAGCCUCAGCGAGCCGCUCAAGAUGAACGCCGUGGUGCAGGGCCUCGGCCCGUCCUUCAAGCUGACCCUGAAUGUCCAGAACACGGCGGCGUGCCGGCCCGUCAUGAACCUGGCCAUCAGCUUCCUGUACGACGAGAGCCUGUACAGGAUGAGGAACCCGUACAUGAGGAUCCCGCUGCUGGUGCCCGGACUCGUCUACCCCGUCGAGACGUUUGUGGAGUGCACCAGCGACAAGGGCAUCUCUGACAUCAUCAAGGUGUUCGUCCUGCAUGAGGGGAAGAGCUCGCCGCUGCUGACGGCCCACAUCAACAUGCCCGUCAGCGAGGGACUGACGCUCAACUGACCGCUAAACUUCUAAUGUCGACCACAACGACUCAACUUUACACGCCACAUUUGGACCAGAAAUGUGUAGUUACAUUUCUGUCAACAUUCAAUAAAUACCUUAAUAAAUAUGGCUGUGAAAUAAAUAAAGAAGGGAAUAAACAUAUAAAUAUAUAGAAAUAUACAUUUAAAUCAAUAAAAUUGAAUGUAUAAAAAACAUAAAAGAAAACAGAAGGAAGGAUUCAGAUCUGUUCUUUGUAGAUUUAUUCAGUCUAUUUAUUAUGUUGUUUUGUAGGUUUGUUUAUAUUUGUUGUUGAUGUUUGAAUGUUUGAACAGAUUUAAUUAUUCAUGUUGUUGGAGCUCUCAGGGUUAAAAUCACUGCAGACUAAAGACUUUUGAAAGUUUGUAUAGAAAUAACAGUAUCUACAAAAUAUUCCGUUUUUUAUGUCGUCUUGUAUAGCAUUAAAUAAAUCGACAAAUAUUUGAAGUUAGUACAGAUUUCAUCUUUGUGAAAAUAAAUGGCACCACUGACAGA